GCAACUCCUGGCCCAGCUGGCUGCUGGCUAGUUUGACUGACAUUGUUAGCCCGCGUUCCAGGUGGACUUCAUUGCUUUUAUGGGUGUCUUACAAUGGUUGGAUAGUUAACAUAACCGAUUAGCAUAAUUGGUUCAGAUUAUUUGAUGAUUUAUUGGCCUCUACUUUUAUUUUAUUUUUUACAAAUCCCAAAUCAUUAUUGGAGGGCUGACCACCUCUGUUCCCGGAGUGCUACCAUUCUGUAGGUUUUUCGCUCCAAACCUAGUAGUAGCUAACGUGAUUUCGUGGUAUCCAAUUGGAAGUUACAGUCUUGUCUCAUCGCUGCAACUCCCGUAAAUACUCAGCCGAGCCGCACUGCUUCUUGGCACAAUGCCCGCUUAACCCGGAAGCCAAGUGCAAGAACAUCCCUGCCGGCCAAAUCCUCCCAAACCCUCCUAACCUGGACGACGCUGGGCCAAUUGUGUGCCGCCCCAUGGGUUUCCCGCAACUCAACCGGCCACACUGCCCACUUAACCCGGAAGCCAGCCCCGCCAAUGCAUCAGAGGAAAUUCCCUACAUCUGGCACCGUGUCAGUGUGCAUUGUGCCCUGCCCACCACAGGAGGCGCUAGUGCGUGAUGGGACAAGGUCAUCCCUGCCGGCCAAACUCUCCCGUAACCCGGACAACGCUGGGCCAAUUGUGCACCGCCCAUGGGUCUCCUGGUAGGCUGCGACAGAGCCUGGACUCAAACCCAGAAUCUCUAGUGGCACAGCUAGCACUACGAUGCAGUGCUUUAGACCACUGUGCCACUCAGGAGGCUAACGUGAUUCAUCUGAUCAACCAGUUAGUUAGGUGUGCUAGAUAAGGGUUUGAAGAAAAACCUACACUCUUAUUCAAACCCAGAAUCCUAUUCUGGAUUUCUCCAGAUUUCCAACACGAUUCAAUGAGACAAGAUUUGUAAGGAUGGCCACACAACAUAUCAGCUAACCACAUAUUGGUGGUGUUCCUGCCUGAUUAUGUUGAAGACGUUCCAUUGCAUCAACUAAUGGUUGUGCACCACGUCAUUGACUCUCGGGCAUUACAUUGCUAUAUCAUAUGUGGUAAGCUGAUAUGUUAAACACCUAUCCAAGCUUUGUGAAAUCUGGCAGGCGUCUGCAAUGUAGUCAGGCAGGAAUGCCACUCAUAUGAUAUAGCAUUCUAAUGCCUGACAGUGCAGUCAAUGAUGUGGAAUGCAAAUGACAUGCUAUGCAACUAUUAGUUGAUGCAAUGCAUGAUCUGCAAUUUGGUCAGGGCCUGGAACAUGACCCUCAACUAGCUGAAUCAGGUAUGUUUGGUUAGGGUUGGACUGAAUACCCACAGGAUGGUAGAUCUCCAGGAAGAGGGUUAGGUGGCUCUGUCAAAUCAAAUACAAUUUUAUUGAUCACAUACAGUGGGGCAAAAAAGUAUUUAGUCAGCCACCAAUUGUGCAAGUUCUCCCACUUAAAAAGAUGAGAGAGGCCUGUAAUUUUCAUCAUAGGUACACUUCAACUAUGACAGACAAAAUGAGAAAAAAUAAUCUAGAAAAUCACAUUGUAGGAUUUUUAAUGAAUUUAUUUGCAAAUUAUGGUGGAAAAUAAGUAUUUGGUCACCUACAAACAAGCAAGAUUUCUGGCUCUCACAGACCUGUAACUUCUUCUUUAAGAGGCUCCUCUGUCCUCCACUCGUUACCUGUAUUAAUGGCACCUGUUUGAACUUGUUAUCAGUAUAAAAGACACCUGUCCACAACCUCAAACAGUCACACUCCAAACUCCACUAUAGCCAAGACCAAAGAGCUGUCAAAGGACACCAGAAACAAAAUUGUAGACCUGCACCAGGCUGGGAAGACUGAAUCUGCAAUAGUUAAGCAGCUUGGUUUGAAGAAAUCAACUGUGGGAGCAAUUAUUAGGAAAUGGAAGACAUACAAGACCACUGAUAAUCUCCCUCGAUCUGGGGCUCCAUGCAAGAUCUCACCCCGUGGGGUCAAAAUGAUCACAAGAACGAUAUAUCCCAGUCAAGAGCAGAGGGGCCCAAACAGCCACAUCUGAAGUUUUUCCCGCAGACGCGUAAAGGGAGAAACCCGAAGCAUGUCUCCUAAUUGUCCGAAGCCUAACGAAUCUGAAGAACCGCUGGGUACAGCUAUGGAGGAGACUUUGCCUGAAAGUGCAGCUGCAAGUGUGAAAGCUGAAGAUGUAGUGUCUGCAGUUGUCAUCACAAAAGAGAUGGAGGAAGAGGAGAAGCAGUUGAUGGAGAAAGGAGAGAAACAAGAAGAGGAGAUGAUGAAAAAGGCUCGAGAAGCUCGGGAGAAGGAAUCUCAUGACAUUCGCUUCAAGAGACUGCAACACUUGCUGGAGAAAAGUAACAUCUAUUCCAAAUUCCUUCUUACCAAGAUGGAGCAACAGCAGCAGGAGGAAAUGCUGAAGAAAGAGAGACUGGAAAAGAAGACACAAAAAGGCACUGGCAAAAAGACUGGAAGAGUUGGAAGAAAGAAAAGGGAGAGGGAGGAAGAUUACAAAAUUGCUGAUGUCAUGUCUAAAGAGGAAAUUAUGUCCAAGGCCAAGAAACCUAAAGUGGAGGACGAGGAGGUCCUUGGGAAGAAGAAGCUAGAAGCGGAGGACAUUGAAAAGAUGAGUGACUCAAAUGCUGACAUCAAGGGCCGUCUGUCGGAGGCUGUGAGAGACCAUGCCAAACAACUGCUGGACCCAGACAGGAAAGUGAACGGGCAGGCUGUGCUCGCUCAGCAGCCCCUGCUCUUCACUGGGGGAGUCAUGAGGUCGUACCAGAUAGAGGGCGUGGAGUGGCUCAGGAUGUUGUGGGAGAAUGGUAUCAAUGGGAUCCUGGCAGAUGAGAUGGGUCUGGGGAAGACCAUCCAGUGCAUUGCCCAUGUGGCCAUGAUGCUGGAGAGAAAGGUGCUGGGACCCUUCUUGGUGGUGGCCCCCCUAUCCACUCUGCCCAACUGGAUCAAUGAGUUCAAGCGCUUCACUCCAGAGGUGUCAGUACAGCUGUACCAUGGGCCUGCUAAGGAGAGGAUGUUGUUGUUAAAGCAGAUUCGUAAGCCCCAGGGGCCUCACAACAUGUGUCCUGUGGUGGUCACUUCCUUUGAGAUUGCUAUGAUAGACAGGAAGUUUCUGCAGCGCUUCCAGUGGAAGUACCUGAUCGUGGACGAGGGCCACAGGAUCAAGAACCUGAACUGCCGACUGGUGAGGGAGCUGAAGAUGCUUCCCACGGACAACAAACUGCUCCUGACAGGCACGCCUCUGCAGAACAACCUGGCUGAGCUCUGGUCACUGCUCAACUUCCUCCUGCCUGAGGUGUUUGACGACCUCAAGAGCUUUGAGUCGUGGUUUGACAUCGACACCAUCGGAUCGAAUGCAAAAAAAGUUGUGGCUAUCGAACGAGAGCAGAACAUCCUACACAUGCUCCACCAGAUUCUGACGCCGUUCCUGCUCAGAAGACUGAAGUCUGACGUGACGUUGGAGGUGCCGCCCAAGAAAGAGAUUGUUGUGUACGCCCCACUUACUGCCAAACAGGAGUCUUUUUACACUGCUGUGGUCAACAAGACCAUUGCCAAAAUGCUGGGCCAGGAGAAGGGGGAGGCCCCAGUGGUGCUGACGACCGACGGCAGGCCUAAGCGCAGGACCCGGAGGCCUGUGGACUACAAAGAGACUGAUGGUGACACGCCCUACGACCUGGAGAAGUACCUGGAGAGGGUUCAGAAAGAGGCAGAGCUGAGCCCCGCCCCGGUGGUGGACGUGCAGAUGCCCCUGGACUCCCAGAUUAACCUGAAACUGCAGAACAUCCUCAUGCUGCUGAAGAGGUGCUGUAACCACCCCUACCUCAUAGAAUACCCACUGGACCCGGCCACUCAGGAGUUCAAGAUUGAUGAGCAACUGGUGCACACCUCUGGGAAGUUCCUUAUUCUAGACAGAAUGCUGCCAGAGCUGAAGAAGAGGGGACACAAGGUGCUGAUUUUCAGCCAGAUGACGUCCAUCUUGGAUAUCCUAAUGGACUACUGCUACCUGCGUGGUUACCAGUACAGCCGACUGGACGGGACAAUGGCUUAUGCCGAGAGAGAGGAGAACAUGACAAAGUUCUCGUCUGACCCAGAGGUGUUCCUCUUCCUACUGAGCACCAGAGCAGGUGGCCUGGGCAUCAACCUGACUGCUGCUGACACGGUCAUCAUCUUUGACAGUGACUGGAACCCCCAGGCAGACCUGCAGGCCCAGGAUAGGUGCCACCGUAUCGGGCAGACCAAACCCGUGGUGGUGUAUCGCCUGGUCACGGCCAACACCAUCGACCAGAAGAUCCUGGAGAGAGCCUCAGCCAAGAGGAAACUGGAGAAGAUGGUCAUUCACAAGAACAAAUUCAAAGGAGGAAAAGCUGAGCUCAAACAGACCAAGAGCUGCGUUGACGUGUCCGAGCUGAUGGAUCUUCUCAGCGCAAGAGAUUACGAGAAGGAGGUGAAAAGCACCACGGGGAAGGUCAUUAGUGACAAGGACCUGGAGUUUCUGCUGGACCGCAGUGACCUACUAGACGAGGCCAAGAGGAGCUCAAAACCGGAGAAGGUUGGAGUCUUCAAGGUUAUCGAAGCCAAGGAAUCAUCUGAGAUCAACUUGACCAGAGUUUGAAAGAAGACGAGCUACUCCUAAAGGCAUAACCAAAAAGAUAUUGUGCUAGUUCCUAAGGGUCCAUAACGCUGGUUAUAAUACUGAGACUGAAACCUGAGGACUUAGUCAAACCGUCCUCCUAAAACAACUGUUUUUAUACUAGAAGAAAGUGUAUUUCAUUGUAAAGUUUAUGCGUCUGUUAUUAACUGCCUUUGUGUUAGUUUAUUUUUGUCGUAGAGUUUGUCAAAUACUGUUAGUUAUAGUGGAGACUGAACCCAGUCUUCCAGAAGCUGUUUAUAUAUAACAAAGUAUUCUUAAAGCUUUGACAUCUUUCUUACCUGCCAUUGUUAUUAUUUUUGUUGUAGAGUUGGAUACUGUUUGGACUUUUUAAACCACUUGAGGUGCAUUGAUUCAGUCACUUGGAAGUAAUUUUUUUUGUAAAAGCCCCAUUUUUGUGUUGGAACAAACUACUUUUCACAAUACAUGUUAAAGUAAAUGCUGUACUCAUAUCUUGUUCAGUUCACUAAAUGGGUUAAUUGAUACUGUAUGUUGUUGGACCAGAACUCCAAGCACUUUUAUGUAAGGAAAGGUAUUUCUUUACAAGCUGAGACCAUUCCCUUUUAAUUGUUUUGUAUGCAAACCCUCUUCUAAAGAAUAAACAGUAUCUCCUGAA